GUUACAUAAUCAUUUAUAUAACUGUCCAAUCUCAUGAUUACACUCCAUGCCGUGUAAAUACUCAUAAGUUCAAAUUGCCACUCUCUUUACUAGUUGCUGCACUCUGUGUAGUUGAUGGCUCUCCUUUCUCUAGCAAGAAGGCUCCUAAGAAUGCACUCUCAGAUCCUAUUCCCAUUUCUUCUUCAACACCCUGAGACCAUUCCCUCAUCUUUGGCUUCUUCCUCAAUCCAACAACGACAUUUUCUUUCUUUGGCAUUUCAUCAAACAUUCUUCAUAUCCUCUCAAACUCCACUUUUGACCUCACAUUUCUCCACUCUCCAAUCCCUUUCAGCCCAAACUCUCAACUACCAAUUUGAGUUCAGUCCACCACCAAUCCAUGACCCUGACCCACAGGAACCAGCUCUCCUCCAUUUGCUCAAACGGGUCGCCCAUUUUAGCUCUGAAGCUGAGGCCAUGGCUUCUCUUGAUGAAUCUGGUAUCAAGGCAACUCAAGGUUUGGUGUGCUCAGUGAUUUGGAAAAUGAGGGAAGAGUGGAGGCUGGCGUUUUUGGCUUUUAAAUGGGGUGAGAAAUGGGGAAGUAGUGGUGAAAAUAGUUAUGAGUUGAUGGUCUGGGUGUUGGGAAAUCAUAGGAAGUUUAACAUGGCUUGGUGUUUGAUUCGUGACUUAUAUCGUUUUUCGAUGGAUACAAGACGGGCAAUGUUUAUUAUAAUUGAUAGAUAUGCAGCCGCAAGUGAUCCAUGCACAGCUAUUCAAACUUUCCAUACCAUGGAGAAGUUCAGAAUGACUCCGGACGAAGAAGCAUUCAGAACCCUCCUAAAAGCUCUAUGUAGAUAUGGCAACAUUGAAGAGGCUGAAGAGAUAAUGCUUGUAAAUAAGAAGCUCUUCCCGUUGGCUGCUGAUGGCUUUAACAUUAUUCUCAAUGGUUGGUGUAAUGUUUUAGUUGAUGUAUUUGAAGCAAAGAGAGUUUGGAGAGAAAUGUCAAAAUAUUGCAUUAUACCAAAUGGUACUUCUUAUACUCACAUGAUUUCGUGUUUCUCAAAAGUUGGGAAUCUCUUUGACUCACUGCGGCUCUAUGAUGAAAUGAAAAAAAGAGGUUGGAAUCCAGGCAUUGAGGUAUACAAUUCAUUGGUGUAUGUUCUAACUCAUGAAAAUUGCCUAAAUGAAGCUUAUAACAUCCUCAAGGAAAUGAAAAAAGCUGGGUUGCAGCCAGAUUCGGCCACUUACAAUUCAAUGAUACGUCCUCUUUGCGAAGCAGAAAAGGUUGAGGAGGCAAGAAAUAUUUUAUCCACCAUGAAAGAAGAGAAUCUUAGCCCAACCAUUGAAACCUACCAUGCAUUUCUUCAUGGUGUUGGUUUUGAAGGAACAUUGGAAGUUCUUAACCAUAUGAAGAUUGCCAGUUUAGGGCCGACUGGUGAUACCUUUAUCUUUGUUCUUGGUAAGUUUUUCAAAAUGGAGCAACCUGAGCAUGCAUUGAAGAUUUGGGCAGAAAUGAAGCAUUUUGAAGUUCUUCCUGAUUCAAGUCAUUACAUAGCAUUAGUGGAAGGGCUAGCAUCAUCCGGAUGGUUAGUUGAAGCCAGGGAAUACUAUGAUGAGAUGAGAUCCUGUGGAUUUUUGGACGAUCCCAAGCUUAAGAAGAUAUUGGAGGAACCAAAGCAACACAGUGGCAGUAAGAGACAGAGGGGUCCAAAAGAGAUUAAGAAAAGUAAGCAAUUAAAUGCAUGGAAAGGAAAGAAAGUAAGACGAAAAAAAAAGGUCAAUGCCAAUGAAAAAUGAAGAAGGCAACAGAAAACGGUUCUAUUUUAAAGUCUAAAUGUACAAAGGUGAAAAUUUCUUUGCUUUUUUAUUUUUGAAAAUUGAAGGUUGACAAUUGCAUUUCUACCAUUUGGGGAUAUUGUCUGUUCCCUAGCACAUUAGAAGCUACUGGUGGUGUAUUUUAAGUAGGUGGAGUCUCUGAAAGGGAUACUGCUGCCAUUCAUCAGAUGCAGAAAGGGGGGGUUGAAAGUGGUUAGCUGUGUGGUUCUGGUCAGGGAUGGCAAUUUCUUCGAUUGAUGAUAUAAGAUCUUUAAUCCAUUAGAAAUUCAACCAUAUCUUGAUGAAGCCUAAAGAAAAGAGUUCCAGAAUUGAUGUUAAUAAAGAGGUAUGCAAUUACAUCAUUGGAAGCUAAGAACAGCAUGAUAGCACGUGAAA